CAGAACAACCCACUGGCCACUGCAACUCCCUCCAAAGCAAGUUCCAGACAAGGAAGCGGCGCUGCGGCGACAUGAGCUUGGAGGACAUCAUCGUUCCGUCUCGUCGGAAAGGAGCUCGCCGCGCCGCCGGGGGCGGCUAGCUCGCCGUUUGGGGCUGCAUCGUGGAGUUGGACGCGACACUCCGCCUCGGGGGUGACUGCCUGCGCACUGCGAUGCGUCGCCACUACUCCACCACGCCCAUGUCCCGCCUCCACCGCCGCUUCUCCUCCUCCAUCUCGCCGCGCGCACGCUCCUGGUCUCCCCACUCCGCCUUUGCCGCGGCCACGGAGCGCGCCCGCGCUGGGACGCUCACUUCGGAAGACGCGCACCACCUGUUCGACCAAUUGCUAGCGCGGCCAGCCCCGGUCCACGUGCGCUCUCUCAACGGCUUCCUCGCCGCCCUCGCCCGUGCGCCGGACUCCGCCACCUGCGGAGAUGGCCCCGCCCUCGCCAUCGCCCUCUUCAGCCGUGUGUGCCGAGAAGAAUCUGGCCAGCGGAUGGCGGCUCUCACAGUCCACACCUACGGCAUCCUCAUGGACUGCUGCUGCCGCGCACGACUCCCGGAACUUGGGCUCGCCUUAUUCGGUCGCCUUCUAAGGACGGGCCUCAAGACAAAUGAGAUCAUCUGCAGCACCCUCCUCAAGUGCCUCUGCUGCGCAAAGCGGACCGAUGAGGCUGUCAGCCUUUUGCUUCAUUGGAUGUCUGACCCUGGCGGUGUGACUAAUGCCUUCUCAUACUCCAUUGUUCUGAAGAGCUUAUGUGACCAUAGCAGGAGCCAGGAGGCACUCGACCUGCUCCAGACGGUGGCAAAAAAAGGAGGCGGCUGCUCCCUCGUUGUGGUAGCAUAUAGCACCGUCAUCCACGGCUUCUUUAAGGAAGGAGAAGUAGGCAAGGCAUGUGAUCUAUUCCAUGAAAUGGCGCAGCAAGGGGUUGUGCCUAAUGUGUUCACAUAUAGCUCGAUUAUUGAUGCGUUGUGCAAGGCCAGAGCAAUGGACAAGGCAGAGUUGUUCCUUCGGCAAAUGGUUGAAAGCGGAGUUCAGCCGAAUGAAGUGACAUAUACUAGCAUGAUCCAUGGAUAUUCCAGUUUGGGCCAGUGGAAAGAGGCAGGUAAACUGUUCAGAAAAAUGACAAGCCAGGGUCUCGUACCAAAUAUUGUUACUUGGAACUCGUUCGUGGCCUCCCUUUGCAAGCAUGGAAGAACCAAAGAAGCUGCAGGUGUUUUUGAUUCCAUGACCGCCAAGGGCCACAAACCUAACAUCGUCACGUAUGGUGCUCUGCUCCACGGUUAUGCGUCUCAAGGAUGCUUUGCUGAUAUGAUUAAUCUCUUUGAUUCAAUGUCAAGCAAUGGUAUUGUAGCCAACUCUCAUGUUUUCAACAUCUUAAUUGAUGCAUAUGCUAAACAUGGAAUGAUGGACGAAGCUAUGCUCAUACUUACGCAAAUGCAGGAACAAGGAGUCAGUCCAGAUGUAUUCACCUAUUUAAGUAUAAUAACUGCACUUUGUAGAAUGGACAGGCCGGCUGAUGCUGUGGACAAAUUCAGCCAGAUGAUUUCCAUUGGAGUACAACCAAACACAGCUGUUUAUCACACCCUAAUUCAGGGCUGUUGUACAUACGGUGAUUUAGGGAAAGCUAAGGAGUUGGUUUAUGAAAUGAUGAACAGAGGUAUUCCUCGACCCAACAUUGUGUUCUUCAAUUCGAUAAUUAACAGUCUAUGCAAAGAAGGAAGGGUGUUGGAUUCACACUAUAUCUUCAACUUGGUUAUAGAGAUAGGUGAGACACCUGAUGUCAUUACAUUUAAUUCGCUGAUUGACGGAUAUUGCUUAGUCGGCAAGAUGGAGGAAGCAUCUCGAGUGCUUGAUUCCAUGGUAUCAGUUGCCAUUCAGCCUGAUGUUAUUACGCAUAAUACACUUAUUGAUGGCUAUCUUAAAAGAGGAAGGAUUGUUGAUGGGUUGAGUCUGUUUAGAGAAAUGUCGCAUAAGAAAGUUAAACCUACUACUGUUACAUAUAACAUCAUACUGGAUGGAUUAUUCCGUGCUGGGCAAACUGUCGCUGGAAAGAAAAUGUUCAACGAGAUGAUUGAAAGUGAAACAACAGUGAGCAUUUCCACAUACAGAAUAAUCCUUGGGGGACUUUGCAGAAAUAAUUGUGCUGAUGAAGCCAUCAUCCUCUUCCAUAAAUUAUGUGCAAAUAAUGUGAAGUUUGAUAUUGCAAUACUCAAUACCAUGAUUAAUGCAAUGUACAAGGUUCGGAAAAUAGAAGAAGCUAAAGAUUUGUUUGCUGCAAUACCAGCCAGUGGGUUGGUGCCUAAUGCUUCUACUUAUGGAGUUAUGAUAAAUAAUCUUCUAAAAGAAGGAUCACUGGAAGAAGCUGACAGUAUGUUCUCAUCAAUGGAGAAGAGUGGUUGUGCUCCCAGCUCUCGUCUUGUAAAUGAUAUCAUCAGAACAUUAUUGGAAAAGGGGGAAAUAGUUAAGGCUGGAAAUUAUAUGUCUAAAGUUGAUGGGAAGAGCAUCUCACUUGAAGCUUCAACUACUUCAUUGCUACUGUCUCUCUUUUCAGGGAAAGGGAAAUACCGAGAACAAAUAAAUUUGCUCCCAGCAAAGUACCAAUUUUUUGAUGGAGUCAGUUUUGUUGCAUAGGACUCGGCUGAUAAGCCUUGGUGUGGUUCAGAGCUCCCUCUCAAUGAUGUGAACAUGUAUUCUCUUCUGUGGGCACACCAGGAUCGAACUGGUUGAUGGUGCCACCAUGGUGUUUUGUUCCCAAAAGUAUUGUCUAUCUUAGGUGUAGAGUGGAGGGUUGUGGCAGGUUGAAACUGCAAUGGCAUUUGGAAAUAUAUGCGAAAAUCUUUGUCGGCCGGUCAAAUAUAUGUACCUCUCGGUGUAUACAGGUCUAAAGUUUCUCCAUUUGCUCCUCUGUUUAGUGGCUAUAACAGCUUGACUAUCAGGUUCGUGUCAACACAAAAGUUUUGUUCAAAUCUUCUUUGUAUAACUACAGCUUGAAAGAAACAGAUAUCACUUCUGUCUUUGUUUUGGUUCUGUUUAAUGCAGUUAUGAUAAUGUCCGAGUUGCAAUUCUGCUUCUUCCGUGCAUAUUUCUCUUUAUAUUUUUGAUGGAUCCAGUGCAUAUUCUCUUCUAUUUUACCUUACAUAUUCUAGUUAAUGAUGUUCAAUCUUCUUUUCUGAGAUAUCAUGUCCUAUCUCUUGUACAAAGAAUAUAUUUUUUUUACAUCUUGGUCUUUGUACUUUAAUCGUUCAUGCAUCCUUAUAGCAUGAAUACCAGACUCCCCUUCUUGUUUUAAUUUGCUAUGGUCAGUCCUUGAAGCCUUGGCCAUUUCCACAGCUGUUUUAUUUGUACCUCCCUAUACUAAAGUUACAAUUAUUCUUUGUAAUGGUCGCUUCCUCUGUUUGAAAAUACAAAUUAUAGGGCGUGUCAUAAAUAUGUGGCUUAUUUCACAUCUUUAUAUACCUGUAAUAGAUGCAUACUUAAUUUCACGUUUUUGUUGUUGUUGUUAAGACUAACAAGUAAUCAGUUGUAUGGAGAAGAUAUGACAAAUAGGACUAAUAUUUAAUUUUCUCGAAUUUGAGGCAUGGCUUUGAUAAUCAAAUUAUUGCUACUCAUGGAUAUGCAUCGUUGUGACCUGUAUAGGUCAAUCUUCAGAAUAAACUCGAUUUGUGCUCGUCAAAAUGGCAGUUGUUUCUCAGUUCGAAUUUUCAAGCGGAUCUAUCUCUGUAUCUAUGCAUAUUCUGAAUUGAUUACAGUAAUCUAUAUAUAUACCUAAUAAUAAAGUACGAAGCGUUUCAGUGGUUUGGUCCGUGUUGUUCCUGUUAAGCUUCAUGCACUAGCCACUUGAACCAAAAGUCCGAACUGAUGGAAAGGGCUAGGCAAUCUCUACUACUUAAAAAGAACGAACGUGUUCCCCCUUCUCCCCCUACUUUGGUCGUCCUCGUUCGUCGUCCUUCUUCCGUUCGUCGUCCUCGCUAUCGCCCAAAUGGGCCAAGCCCAAUAAUUCGGUUUUGUUUACAAAGACCUUUUCGCUCGCUCCAGUCUCCCAUUUCCUCUCGAGCGAACAGAGGGACAUGCUAGGGUUCGAGUUCACCACCGUGCGCCGCCACCUAGACGACGCUGCGUACGCCGCCACCCAGAAGACGCUGCUGUACGCCGCCACCCAGCCGCCGCCGCCUACGGCUGUCCGACUCCCCCAUCCAAGGUCAUCGCCAUCUGAAUUCCGCCGCCCGACUUCAUCCGUGCGAGCUCAACCACUCCGCCCUUCCUGAAGCAGCAAGACGGCGUUGACGCUCCCGUAGAGGAUGGCAUGGUGUCAAGCCAGGUUCUAGAGCUGUUCACCUGAACGCUCGCCUAGGCUGUCAGUGUUGGAAACUGUGUCGCUGGGACGGACAAGAAGAGCAGAGCAACCACCGAUUUUAAACCGCAUCGCUGGGACAGACAAGAAGAGCAGAGCAACCACCGAUUCGCUUCCCUUCAUGCUCGUCAUGGUCGUGAGUGAGUUGCUCAUGCACAUCCAUCUGCUCACUUGUUUCAUGCCAGUGUCACCAUUAGGGAUCAUCUUGGGAAGACCUAUCAGCCAGCCGUUACUUUGACGUGCUCUAUGCCGUGAACAAGAAGGUUGAAGAAAAUCUAGAGUUCAUCAUGCAGCUGGAGGAAGUAUGUACGACUCGCAGCAAUGUAACAUGUUUCGUCAAGUGAAGAAGCUGACAUGGUUGCCAAAUGCAACCUUAUCAGAUCAAAGCAUCAGUCUAAGCGCUGCAGAAUACACCGGGCUUGACAUGGCCUUCUACAUUGCAGAAUAGAAGGGGAUGAGCUUGAUUUACUGGAUUGGUUGAGAGCUAGUGAGACUAUUCGGAAUCAAAGGGAGCAUUUGAUUCCUCCUCGCAAAUGUGCACAUUAGACUUGAGCCAAAGUCUGAUCCACUCAAGGCAAGCUCCUCUAUCGAUAUUUACUUUGGCAGUUUGACUCUAUGGAUAUAAACAUGAUGACGCAUAAGAUCAAUGGGUAUUCCAUAUAUAUGAAAUGUGGCAAAACAUGAUAUUUGCUUCAAUUUAUAAUGAAUAUAAAAAUACAGUAAAUUUUAUUUGGUUGGUAGCCAAUUUAUCCAUAUGGUGAGUGUUUUUAUUUUCAAGAUGCAUAUGCUGAUUGUUCGUGUACUUUGCCAUCACAUACGAUACGCAGUUUUUUUGCUCUUGACAUUUCCUUUACUUCCCUAUUACUGACAUUAGAAUUUGCUGCCCCAAAAGGGCAGCUGCUUACAAAAAAGCCAGAUGACUUUAUCGCCUUCCGGUACAUGAUGAACAUUAUUGUAAUGAAAUUUCUGUAUCCAUUCCUCUGAACCAAGUUCUUGGCUAAGUAAUAAUAACGACACUCUCCAUUUACAAUGCUUUAUCUUCUGUAUUUCGUCUAUCGAUGCUUGUUGAGUGAGCGCAGUCAUUCUUUCACUCAUGAAAUAGCUUGAUGAUUAAGUUGUUGACGUAGUCUGAAUAAUUUAUUCAACACAAGUAUGAGAAGUGGUGCAAUUGUUUUUUCCACGGAACCAUAGUUUGAGGUGUGUAAUUCCACAUUAUUUUAAUUUGUUUACAUUACUAUGCAGAUAAUUUUGCAACUGCAGAAAUCCUCCGGGUGCACAACCACCUAGGUCGUUAUCUUCUCAUCUGGGGUGAAUCAGCAAUAUCCAGUUUAUGCCAGUUAGCCAACAGCUUUUGCGUUAUUCUAAAUAAACUGCUUCACAGAUGUUGGUCUUGGGCUGCUCAAUGAAUAACAAUGAGAUCGUCCCCCACUAGGUGUUUCGAGCUUCCGUUGUUACUACUUUCUUAUUCUCUCCGGUGUUGAAUUUUUUCCUGGUGUGUUAAGUUGUUGCUUGGGUGAUCUACCGCUGCCGUCUCCCUACACCGACUCGUUGGCGCCGUCAUAUUGCACCGACACACCGCCGCCCAUGCCCCAUUGUAAGUUGUGCUGCUCUCAUGCCAUCACCCCUCUCUUCCGUCUUCAUCAAGUGGUUGGCUGCCUUGAUAUUAGUCCUUCCCGACCUAUAUGAAAUAUUGUUAGUUAUAAUGAUCAAAUCUUCGUCGGAUCUGAGAGCUAUGAUAGUUAACAGAAAGUGUUUUCAUAUCAUGUCAUGUCCACCCCCUUCCUAAAAUUUAUAUGACCCAUAGGUUAUCUUUUCAGAUCUAAAAACGAAUCUCAUCAUGCUGAUAUAUGGUUGAUGAUAUAAUCUACAGAUUUAGUGUUAUUUAAGUUCUAAUAUAGUGUGUCCAUCUAUGGUUCUGGACUUCAGCUUUUCUUAGUCAAUGUGUUCUCUAACUGUUUAAAAACGAGGGACCUUGUAAUUUGGUAGAAUUACCUUCCAACUAUGUCAUUCAGGUUCUUCUUUGCUAGGCCUUACGCUUAGAUUCACUGCAUAUCCGUGCUCAACAGUUGAUGGGAUUCCUCCACAAACCUUACAGCCAAAUCAAGUGCUGCUCUUGAGAAAGAUUGAUGCACCGUUGCUUGGUGCUUCUCUGUUAUUUGCAGAUGUACGAUGCUAAGUACAAAGCGAUUUGGCUUCUCUUUUUGAUGUUGUGCGUCGUCUCUUGACCUCCUUCUUUAGGCAAACAUGUGACUCGUACUGCACUAUUUUCUUAACUAAUUAUGUUCAGAAACUUUUCAUUCAACGGCUUGAUUGUUUGUAUUGUAUUACUGCAGAAAAAUCAGUGCAUUUGUCUUUGUUACCUAGAUACAGAUCUUAUUUUAUGUAUUCAAUGUGAGGCAUUAUUCGUACUGUAGCAAGUUCGGCAAGUUGGCGAGCCAUAGGUGCCUGCAAAUCCAUGAGGUUGUGGUUGUAUUUGUGAUUAAAAGGUAGGUUAUGCAAAUCCAUGAGGCGUUUGUGAGAGACGGCUCUAUUUUAGUUUUACCAACAAUUGCUUUUGCAAAUCCGGUAGAUAUCUUGGCUCAAGCAGCUGCACCGUACAUCUUCGAAAUCAGCCUAAACGGUGGAUGGUGGCUGAAUGGCAGGCUGGUGAGGCAAGAGUUGGUGCCCUGAAGUGCAUGCAAAGUCGGAGGUAAGCAUCAUGAAAGUUAAUGAACAUGACGUACCGUGGCUUCUUCUCUCCUAAAGCUUCAUGUUUGACUGAAUGCUUAUAUGAGAUACUCAUGUUGGACCCAUUGAAUUAACACAUACCUCAGUAUAUCAUCUUAUGAUUAUAUUGGAGUGUAUUACUGGUUAAAUGAAAAACUACAAGGGCAUUUUCUUUAUUUGCUACCACUUGGACGUGUCUAUGUAUAUAAGGCUUCAGAUUCAUAUUGCAAUGCCAAAAUGGCUAAUCGAUUUGGGUAUCAUCUACUAUUUAUCACUCUAUGAAUUGUUAAGCAAAUGCAGUUAGCCAGCGAGGAACCAGUCAUAUUUUAAUUUAGAAUUUAAGAAGCCAUGAUUUUUUAGCAGAUGAAAUGAUUAUACCACAAUGCUUCAUCAUUGCAUAUGUCUACUGUUGUAUGUAUGCUUUAUCAAUAACACUCAGUUUUCUGUACUAUAAACCUUAUAGAGAUCUAUUUUUCUUUGAACGAUAUGUGUGGUGUCCAUUUUUCAUUCAUAUUGUUGUAGUGAGAUGUCAAUAUUUUCUUAGAUUGUGGGCGGCUGUGUUGUAACUACAUAUACCUUUUCUUGUUUAUAAAUUAUAAACAAAUGGUACAUUAUGAUGAGGGUCUCGGGUGCAGUACCGCCCUCUUCAGUGUCUUUUGCAUUGGCCGAUGUCUUCGCCGCGGGUGGAGAAACUAAGAUAACGAUGUUUUCUUGAAAGUAGUAGCAUGGAUGUUUAGAGAUGCAAAUAUGAAAUGAACUAUGGAAACUGAAAAAUUCUUGUAAAGAGCAAGUGUGUUCUCCCAACAUGAUUGAAGUGCGAAGUCAUAUUUUUUAUAAUCUCUAACGUUAUUGAAGAGCAUGUUAGUGUGCCAGGUGAAGUAGUUGACAAGCAUGAACCAGCUAUAGAGAUAGUUGAAGGAGACAUAUAUAAGGUCUAUGGUGGUACUUUGACAGUGUUUUUGAAACUGAAGGUGAAGAGGAGGUGUUGAACAAUUGAAGGAAUUCCGGAAGGAUCUAUAUAUAGUUUCAUGCAGUGGCCUAAGGAGAUUUUGUUAUAAACGAAUGUUUUUUCUGUUGGUGUCAUGGCUUGUGAUAACCAAUUAUUUUAAAUUAACA